AAUUCACCAAGAAAGACCAGUUGCGGGCAUUCUUCCGGUAAAAGAAACUUUGCAGGUGGAGAAAGUGAUAUCAAGUCAUGGAUGUAAAAACGGAGACAUCUUUGUCAUACCUCACAUGAUAUUGUUCUAAGGGAACACUCAAGUGCCCUCCACUAAAUUUACUGUGCUUUUUUUUUUCUUUGGAAGUCUCUCUCUCUCAGUUGUAUUUAACUUUGGACGUGCAUGAGCCUUAAGUGAACCAUAGCCAAGAGAAGAAGAAGAAAAAGAAUCUAGAGAUGGAGAAAAAUGAUGAUAAAGAUGUUUCUCUUCAGGAACUCAGAGACAUGCUUGCAGAAUUUGUUGAAGUUAGAGGAUGGGAUCAAUACCACAGUCCCAGAAAUCUCCUUCUAGCACUAGUGGGGGAGGUUGGAGAGCUUUCUGAAAUAUUUCAAUGGAAGGGAGAAGUGGCAAGGGGACUACCCAAUUGGAGUUCUGAUGAUAAGGAACAUGUAGAGGAAGAGCUCUCAGAUGUUUUGCUUUAUCUAGUUCGUCUUGCUGAUGUUUGUGGGCUCGAUCUUGGCCAAGCUGCACUUACAAAGAUAGUGAAGAAUGCGAGAAAAUACCCAAUUGGCAAUCAAAAAUUUUCUACCUAAAAGUCUUGCUCUCAUCUCUCCUCACUAUUUUCAUUUUAUUUUGCUCUUCUUGUUGUUUUCUUUUGCAGAGAUCUUGUUGUUGAGUCUGAUUUGUGAGAGAGAAGUAGUAUGCUAUAAUUUCAGAGUUCAAUUAGAAUAAAUUAAUGUCUCUUUUAGCGUCUUAAUCAUCUUGUUUAGC